UUCGUAAUUUUCUCGAAGUAACAAAAAUCUAAAGGAAGCGUUUUAGGUCAAAUAUGUGGAGUCAUAAGCCGAGUUUCAGGUUCGAGAUAGAUAACUUCUCGGAUCAGGAAGCUAAGAUAACGUCUCAGACAUUCGUAAGUGGUGGAUGCGAGUGGUAUCUCACUCUUUACCCGAAGGGAGAGACUUUUUGUGAUGAUCACUUGUCUUUGUUCAUGUCCGUUGCAAAUUCUAAAUCAUUGGGAAGGGGUUGGAAUAGGAGUAUUGAUUAUUACUUUGUUCUGUUGACUCAAUCCGACAAAGAGCUCUACAGAUCAGCUGGUAAUGAAGCUAUAUAUCCUUACCGGCCAUGUCUAGAUCUUGUUUUUUCCCCAAGCUGGGGUUUCCGAAAGACCUUGCCUCUUAGCAAGUUUCAGGAAAAAGGGUUUCUCGAGAACGACAAGCUCAUCUUUGAAGUCUACAUUCAAAUUGUAGAAGCUUCUGAUGUAGGAGGAGGAGGUAUAUCAGAGAAGAAGGACACUGUGGAUAUCAACGGUUUCAAAGUUCUUGCUUCUCAGGCUAACUCAGUGAGGAAGAUAUUCUCCGAGCACCCAGACUUGGCAGAAGAUUUCAAACUAAAGAACCAAGUGGUGAGGAUGGAAUACAUGAAUGUCCUUGUCAACCUCAUUGUGACACUUCACAAGCCUUCAGAGAAUCACUCAGAGACUGAGCUAAGCCAUGCUCGCAGUGAGUUGUGUGAGCUGAAGGAAGCAGGCUUCAAGCUGGACUGGUUGCAGUCAAAGCUCGAUGAAGUUUCCUUGAAAAGGAAGAAAGCAGUUGUUGAUUUCCACCAACUCGAUGGGCGUGUUAAGAAUCUUGAGCUGAUGAAAUUGGAUUUCAAGCUGGACUGUUUGAAGAAAAAGCUUGAGGAGGCUUCCUUGGAGAGGAAGAAAUCAUAUGAAGCUGAUGGUUCUCGGUUCCAAACACUAGAGGAGCGCGUCAAAAAACUUGAGCUGAUGGAAUUGGACUACAAGUUGGACUGUUUGAAGACAAAGCUUGAGAAUGUUUCCUUGGAGAAGAACACAGAUGCUGAUGGGUCUCGCGUCCAACAACUAGAGGAAAGCAUGAAGAAUCUUAAGAUGAUGGUGUCACAUCUCAAUGUUGAACUGGACAAGAAGAAAGGUAAAACUUCUGAUGAUGGGUUUUUGUUGGUCGACGACGAGGUUGCUUAA